UGACCCACUCUCGCCCGUGCAGCCGCCGUCUCUCAGUCAGUUGCAGGCGUCUCACCGCGCAACAUGGACGCCACUCAGAUCUACACAGCUCUCUUGCUGCUCCUGGCGCACAUCAUUUGCUCGCAAGGAGGACCACGCCUGAAGAGACCCAGAGCGACAGAUCCUGAAGACAGGAACGUAGCUAAACCAGGAGCCUACAUUCCUCCCGGCUUUCUCAGUCCAUCAGUUCAGGAAUAUCUCGAGCUUGGCAAGUCAAUACCAGGUCGUCCAGGCACUGACUACCCUAUAUUGGGCUUGGUGCCGUACACUAACUUCUACUGUGAUGACCAGCCGUUCCCUGGGUUCUUCGCCGACGUGGAGACGCGGUGCCAAGCUUGGCACUACUGCGACGUGGACGGUCGGCAAGCUUCCUUCCUGUGUCCCAACGGCACUCAGUUCCAGCAAGCCGUGCUAGCCUGCGAUUGGUGGUUUAACGUGCGCUGCGAACUUAGCCCUAAACUGUACGCCAUCAACAGCAGGCUGUACGGCAAGCCUCGUGCCGAGAGCCCCACGCGGCCGCACCGCUUCAUCACUAAGGAGCUACUCGAGAAUAUCUUCGUCUAGCAUUCUCGUAGCAGCGCAAGUAAAGCGCGAGUAAAUAAUAAACUAUAAAUGUUGUUUGUUAUACAACACAGUUCGUUGUGGCUUGUACCGUCUAGUUCAUUUCUACAGGCGGUUAAUACAUGCGUAGAGGAGGCCUCUACCAAACAUACAACAAAAUUUCUGAGCAAUGCAAUGUAGUGGGAGCAGUGAGCAGUAAAUCAGCGUUGCAGUCCAGAGUAUAGGGAAAAAGUGUUCACUGACAUCAACAGGUUGUACUUGAACAGUAGAGCAGUGCGUCUUCAUGAUGUUCUUAGCUUCGUAAUGCUAGACAUGAAGCCUUGUUUCUGCAGAAAAGUGCAGUGUGACCAUAAUCCACCAUGCCAAAUAAGUGUAGACGAUUACCUCUAUGUGACUGGAGCCUGGGUUCGAACUUAUCAAGUAAUGUAAUGUGUUCAGUACCAGAGACCAGUCUUGACAUAAAAUUUUGUUUGAGAACACAUUUUCAGUUGUAGCAUUAAUUACUUCACCAUUUACUACAGUUUAGUGACUUAACCAAAUUGAUAUUCAGUGUUUCUAGUAGUAAAGACUCGUGUUUAAAGUGCCGCAUAUAGCUAUCAACUCCUGUGUGUAAAAUCAGACAGUGACAUAAUACGAAAUUGUUUCCUCAAGUGCAGUGUGUUCCUGGUAACGAAGUAGCCUUGAACAGCGUUACAUUUCGCUCGGCAAUUGGCAAAGAUAUUUAUGCACUAAGAGCAAAGGAAGCGCUUAACACCAAGUAUCACAUAUGAUAGUCGAUAUUAUUUUUCUUUCCAGAGGUAUGCGAAACAUUGUACACCUAGGCCAUCUGGGCACACUGCGCCUUUAAUAAUUCACAAUUUAUCAUUGUCCUUCCCGUACACACUUCAUUUAACAGAGUUAUAUUCACGUGGACGCCGGUAUAAGCUGACAGCGUAUUCAAACGAUGCUGAUACGAAUCAUCUUUUAAUCGCGACAUUACGUUAAUCG